AUGGCAGGAGCAGCAUCGGCGCUGUUCCUAUUGGACAUAAAGGGUAGGGUUCUGGUGUGGCGAGACUACCGUGGGGAUGUCUCCUCUACACAAGCCGAACGCUUCUUCACGAAGCUCAUUGAAAAAGAGGGUGAGCCGGAUUCUCAAGAUCCUGUUGUAUAUGAUGAUGGUGUCACAUAUAUGUUUAUACAACACAAUAAUGUGUAUCUCAUGACUGCAUCCCGGCAAAACUGCAAUGCUGCCAGCCUUCUUCUGUUCCUACACCGUGUUGUUGAUGUCUUUAAACAUUAUUUUGAAGAGUUAGAAGAGGAAUCCCUCAGAGAUAAUUUUGUUGUGGUGUACGAGUUACUUGAUGAAAUGAUGGACUUCGGUUACCCUCAAUAUACUGAAGCAAAAAUUCUUAGUGAAUUCAUCAAAACUGAUGCUUAUAGGAUGGAAGUUACGCAGAGGCCUCCAAUGGCUGUAACAAAUGCAGUUUCUUGGCGCAGUGAAGGGAUUCGUUACAAAAAAAAUGAAGUUUUUUUGGAUGUCGUAGAAAGUGUUAAUAUACUUGUCAACAGCAAUGGACAAAUAAUUAGGUCAGAUGUUGUUGGGGCAUUAAAGAUGCGGACAUACUUGAGUGGCAUGCCGGAGUGUAAGCUUGGGCUGAACGAUAGAGUACUUCUGGAGGCGCAAGGUCGAUCUACGAAGGGAAAAGCCAUUGAUCUAGAUGACAUCAAGUUUCAUCAGUGUGUGCGUUUGGCGCGAUUUGAAAAUGAUCGGACGAUAUCCUUCAUACCUCCCGAUGGAUCUUUUGAUCUCAUGACCUAUAGACUCAGCACUCAGGUAAAGCCUCUGAUAUGGGUCGAAGCUCAGGUUGAAAGACAUUCUAGGAGCCGGAUAGAAUUUAUGGUCAAAGCCAGGAGCCAGUUCAAGGAGCGCAGUACUGCAACUAAUGUCGAAAUUGAGUUGCCUGUGCCAUCGGAUGCUACCAAUCCUAAUAUUCGAACAUCAUUGGGGUCUGCUUCUUAUGCACCUGAAAAUGAUGCAUUGGUUUGGAAAAUAAAAUCUUUUCCAGGUGGUAAGGAAUAUAUGUUGAGAGCAGAGUUUAGGCUACCCAGCAUUGUAUCUGAGGAAUCAGCUCCUGAGAGAAAAGCUCCUAUACGCGUGAAGUUUGAAAUACCAUAUUUUACAGUUUCAGGAAUACAGGUUCGUUACCUGAAGAUCAUCGAAAAAAGUGGAUAUCAGGCUCUACCAUGGGUGAGAUAUAUUACAAUGGCAGACGAUGAUGGUCACGUUACUCACUUUGAAAUCAAACCCGUCUCCAAAUGCAAUGUCAGAGCAAUGUGGAAGCAUGACAUUGAAUCUACCAUGUGUGGAAGAUCCAAGUCUGAGUUCCACUUAUGCACGAGCGGGAGGUUAUGUGACAAUGAACUAUCGAGGAGGUGGUGGAGUCUCCAUGGUAAAGUGAGCUUGCCUCAAUGGGGAUUAUGUAGACUUCAAUGGUAA